AGGUCCGCGAGGCCCCGGCUCGCGCAGUCGUCUGGGUGAGCGAAGAUGGCGGCGGAGAGGGAGCCUCCUCCGCUGGGGGACGGGAAACCUAGCGACUUUGAGGAGCAGGAGGAUGGAGAGGACCUUUUCACUAGCACUGUCUCCACCCUGGAGUCAAUUCCAUCAUCUCCAGAACCAAUUAGUCUUCUUACAGAAGAUGUUAGUUCAAACUCCAAUGGUCCAAAACCUGCAGAAAUUGUGCUAGAGGAUGACAGAGAAGAUCUUUUUGCAGAAGCCACAGAAGAAGUUUCUCUGGACAGCCCUGAAAGGGAACCUAUCCUCUCCUCUGAGCCUUCUCCGGCAGUCACACCUGUGACCCCUACUGCACUCAUUGCUCCCAGAAUUGAAUCAAAGAGUAUGUCUGCUCCAGUGAUCUUUGAUAGAUCUAGGGAGGAGAUUGAAGAAGAAGCAAAUGGAGAUGUUUUUGAUAUAGAAAUUGGUGUAUCAGAUCCAGAGAAAGUUGGUGAUGGCAUGAAUGCUUACAUGGCAUAUAGAGUAACAACAAAGACUUCUCUUUCCAUGUUCAGUAAGAGUGAAUUUUCAGUUAAAAGAAGAUUUAGUGACUUUCUUGGUUUGCAUAGCAAGUUAGCAAGCAAGUAUUUACAUGUCGGUUACAUUGUGCCACCAGCUCCAGAAAAGAGUAUAGUAGGCAUGACCAAGGUCAAAGUAGGUAAAGAAGACUUAUCAAACACUGAAUUUGUAGAAAAACGAAGAGCAGCUCUUGAAAGGUAUCUUCAAAGAACAGUAAAGCAUCCCACUUUACUACAGGAUCCUGAUUUAAGGCAGUUCUUGGAAAGUUCAGAGCUGCCUAGAGCAGUUAAUACACAGGCCCUGAGUGGAGCAGGAAUAUUGAGGAUGGUGAACAAAGCUGCCGACGCUGUCAACAAAAUGACAAUCAAGAUGAAUGAAUCGGAUGCAUGGUUUGAAGAAAAGCAGCAGCAGUUUGAAAAUCUGGAUCAGCAACUUAGGAAACUUCAUGCCAAUGUUGAAGCCUUGGUCUGUCAUAGAAAAGAACUUUCAGCCAACACAGCUGCCUUUGCUAAAAGUGCUGCCAUGUUAGGUAAUUCUGAGGAUCAUACUGCUUUAUCUAGAGCUUUGUCUCAGCUUGCAGAGGUUGAGGAGAAAAUAGACCAGCUACAUCAAGAACAAGCUUUUGCGGACUUUUAUAUGUUUUCAGAACUACUUAGUGACUACAUUCGUCUUAUUGCUGCAGUGAAAGGUGUAUUUGACCAUCGAAUGAAGUGCUGGCAGAAAUGGGAAGAUGCUCAAAUUACUUUGCUCAAAAAACGUGAAACUGAGGCAAAAAUGAUGAUUGCUAACAAACCAGAUAAAAUACAGCAAGCUAAAAAUGAAAUAAGAGAGUGGGAGGCAAAAGUACAACAAGGAGAAAGAGAUUUUGAACAGAUCUCUAAAACAAUUAGAAAAGAAGUGGGACGAUUUGAGAAAGAACGAGUGAAAGAUUUUAAAACUGUUAUUAUCAAGUACUUAGAAUCAUUAGUACAAACACAACAACAGCUGAUAAAAUACUGGGAGGCAUUUCUUCCAGAAGCCAAAGCCAUUGCCUAGCAAGAAGAUUGCUCCUGUUAAGAUCUUGGAUGUUUGUUCCAGUUAUGCUGAUUCCACAGUGAAAUCAUUGAAAACCAUCUAAAUAAACCACUAUAUAUUUUAUGAAUUACAUUUGGUAUAUAUACAUACAUAUAUAUAUACAUACACACA